AUGACCCUUCUGAAAGUCGCUUCCUUCACAAACACGUUCCUUAUUCCUAGCAAUGGAGGAGGUUUGCCAGAGCUAAAGGUCGUGGGACCUGAAGAUGGCCGGAAGAAGCGGCCGCAUCGCUGUGACGAGAACGAGCCAUGCGGCAACUGCGUAAAGCGAAAGGAGACAUGCCUACGCCGGAUAACGACAUCGCCCAACCGGCUAGAGGACCGGUCACAGAUGUCGACACCAUCCCCGCAGCGUGAGGAGUCCUGGUGCCCUCUGUCUGAACCCGAGUGCGGACCCAUCAACAUGCUGCACAUGGAACUCCUGCACCAUUUUGAGAGGUUCACUAUUCCCACCCUGUCAUUUGAGAAGCUGUGGCCUCAUAUGCUGCAGCUCGCUUUCCAGGUACGGCAGCCACCAUCCCCUGGGCUCUCCCUGUAUGCAAAGCAGGAACCCGGCUGUGGGACCCAGCGGCAACACCAGCCCCUGGACUUGUCGAGCGACCGUCUCUAUUUGCUCUCAACCGGUGUCCGCCAAAUCUUUUUCAUGGCUUGGCCGCUUUUCCAGACCACUCAGAGUCUUUUCAUGCGGGUUGGGGUGCUUGGGCCAUGUAUGGCCCUCGAAGAUAUAGUUGAGGCCCGCGGGCUGAACUGGCAGCGCUUUCUGCGGGCGUUUAUGGACCUCUACGACAACUCGCGUUAUCACGGUGGGCCAAACGCCUUCGUUGGUUCUGAGUCGCCCUGUCCCUCGAGCCAGCGGUCGCAGAGCCCAGCGUCGCCAUUCCCGCCCGCGGCAUCGGCCCUAAGCUCCGGCUCCAACUCCCGCAGCAAUGCAUAUCUAGACGGCAUAGUUUCCAGUCUUCCAUCGUCCAAUGCUCCACCCUUCAAGGUUACGACCUUGUGGCAGAGCUUCAAGGAAGGCGAGGAAUAUAUCCGAAGUGCCGGAACGCACGACGAGGCUCUUGCGCGCGCCGCUUACAAGCGCAUCGCAGCACGACUUGCUAUCGCCAUGGCUUUCGUCCUGGAUCACACGUCCAGUGGUUGCCCAGCUUCCAGGGCAACGUGGAACAGUACCACCGGCAGCCGUGAGCCACCUUUAAGGCCAAGCGACACGGUGCGUUAUGUGGCGACGUUUCCCAUGAUGUGUUUUGGGCCGCCGCUGGCGCUGAUUUCCAGUGGAGACUCGCGGAUCUUGGUAGUGCUCUUUCACAUAUAUCGUGUCGUACGCAUUUUGUUGCCGGGAGAGCAGUAUUGGUGGUGUAGAAGGCGCGUGAAGGUUAUGGAGGAGGCGAUUGGGCGCGAGCUAAGGAGUAGAGGACUGGAGGUGUGCUUAAGGCGGAAAGACGAGGUUCUGUAG